GAAGGGGAAGGUUAGGUCUUUUGAAAGAAUUUUAAUUUUCUGCUGGGCCACAAAAGAGAACCAUUAAAAAAUUUCCUCUUUCCCCACUAGUGACUUGAAAAGAUCCAAAGGUGAACAGCUGUAAAGCAAUUGCUUUGAAAUCUAACAAGAUGUAAAGCAUUGCUAGUUACUAUUGAUUUUCACAUUAGUCUGGGAAUGGUUAUUAUAAGAGUAAGCUUUCCAUUUGAAAAAUAUAGAAUUAUAAUUCGAGCGCACCUGACAGAGAGUCAAGGGCAGUUGGGGACAGAGAGAUGUAAGGGGGAGGGAAACCAAGCAUGCAAAGGAUGUGGCCUACUGUGUUUUAAGUGUUGAAAAAUGGCAAUAUAAAUUCAGUUGAGUCUUUCCUCAAUUUUAUGGCAAAAAUAACGAAAAAUUUUCCCCAAAACGCAAACAACAAAAUCAGUCUAGUUCUGCUUACUGCUUACUUGACUCACAAUUGUAGGAAGGAAAAAAAGUCUCCUUAGGGCCUAGAGCUCUGCCCACUUUCUUGAGGUUUUAGAACCUGUGGGCUACAACACCUGGUCUAAUCUCACAGAACUGCUGCUAGCUGUUUGCUAUUCUGUUCAGGUGAGAAACUGCCACAACGAUGACUGGUCCAGGUAAAGGUGGCAAAGGGCUGGGUAAGAGAGGCACCAAGCCUGACCGGAAGGUCUUACUGGAAAUCAUUCAGGGCAUUAGGAAGUCUGCCAUUCGCCAUCUAGCUUGCAGAGGUGCUGUCAGGUGCAUCUCUGGGCUCAUCUAUGAGGAGACUUGGGGAGUGCUCAGUUUGGAGAAUGUGAUCCGCGAUGCGGUGACUUACCUGGAGCUCGCCAAGCGAAGCCGGUCAUGGUCUGAAGUGGUGUAUGCUCUGAAAUGCCAAGGCCGAACCCACUAUGGUUUUUCCCACUGAGCUGUCCCUGCGACUUACCUCCAGAUUUUAAAAGGCUCUUUUUAUGAUCCCCCAAAAAUAUCAAGAAAAGAGUUGUUAAUACUAUUUACUGUGUGAAUGUUAGAUCUAAAUGCAGAUAGGGGCUUUUGAUGGAGCGUCUCAGAUGC